CCAGUAGUGGUGUCAAUAAUAACUCGUGUCAAACGAAAGGUUCACCAAGCAGGAUAGGUAGGGAACCCAAUGGUGCAGUUUGUCUCUUGGAACAGAAGUGGCCAGUUUUUUCGCAUUUUAUAUAGAGGUUCUGGAUUGGGAACAUCUUUGAAGAGAACAAGCACAAAACUGGUUGCAAAUCGACAAUCCUCAAGUAUUCCAUCACAAUCUUUGCUGAUUGCUAACAACAUGGCUUCAGAACAGCAGCAGCCAUCAUCCAAGUUUUCAUUCCAUCCUCAAACUUACCACAACUUUUUGGUUUUGGACUUUGAAGCAACAUGCGAUGAGCAACUGAUAAAUCCACAGGAAAUUAUUGAAUUCCCAAUCCUCAAGUUACAUGGCAGGACACUGGAAAUUGAAUCUACCUUUCAUACAUAUGUUCAACCAAUUGUCCAUCCAAAGCUGACAUCUUUUUGUACGAAGCUCACAGGCAUUGAGCAGUCCAUGGUAGAUGGGAAACCAACAUUGCCAGAGGUCCUUCAGAUGGUUGAUGACUGGAUGAGGGAUAAUGGAUUGCUGGAUCCCAAAGUUAAUUCCAUUUUUGUGACGUGUGGAGAUUGGGAUUUAAAAACAAUGCUGCCAGGACAAUGCCAGUACUUGGGUCUGCCAGUCCCUGAUUACUUCAAGAAGUGGAUUAAUCUCAAAAAGGCAUACAGCUUUGCUAUGGGAAAAUAUCCAAAGAAUGGACUGCCAUUCAUGAUCAGUGGUUUGAAUUUGCAACACAUUGGAAAACUACAUAGUGGAAUUGAUGACUGCAAGAAUAUUGCCAACAUAAUGAAGGAACUAGCACGAAGGGGGUUCACAUUCAAGCAAACUGGAUCUAACCUCUAAAAAAAAACUUGGCUUGCUGCUUUGGAAAUCCCAUGAAGAUAGUGGGAACAGUUAUUUAAUCAUAUAUAGCAUGUAACCUGUUGUCAGAAGCAAGGACUAGUUUCAUUAUACAGGAAUGAUCAAUUACAUUAGUAUCACACUAAGAUAUUCAUUGCCUCAUAAAGUGUACAACAGUGCCACUGAAUAGCAUUACGUACCAUUUUUAUUUGAAAGCUUCAUCUUAUCCUUCACCCAACAAACAAGCUUAUUUUUCUAAAUUAUCAAUAAUCCUAAAAUAUCAAAAGGAAAAGUAUUAUUUUUAAUCACAUCUCAACCCAUUUUUCUUUAGAAUUGUGGUUUAUAGGUGUCCAGGCAAUAAACUUCUGAAGGGUUUUACCCCACGCUCUGCAGAUUUCCUGGAUACUCCCUGGAAGUGGCAGAUUAGCCCUGUCUCUGCAGUUCUGCUGGAAACUCACCUAUAGAGAGAAUGAUGCUGGACAGGGGCUAUACUUUGCCUUUUUUUAUCCUUUGUGGCAACAUUCAUAUUUGUGUUCACUAUACAAAUGGAAAAUUCUCCAUUUUCUCCUAUUCUCCAUUAUAUACUUACAUUUUUCUUUAUAUAUCUAAGAAAUCUAAGAGGAAUUCACUUUAAAGUAAAAUGUUUCAAAAUGUGUUUGAUUGCUCUCAUAUUUUUCAGAAAUUUCUAUAUUGCUUUGUUACAUAAAUUGCUUUCAAGUAGUAAAAGAGGGAAAAUAAAAGUUGUUAUUCUUUUGUGGAGGUGGAAGUUGAGAGACCUGCAAUGACAGUUAUCACAUUAACGUAACAGGAAUGUUUGAAAAUUGAUGAGGAAAAUUCAUUUCAAGUGAACUUUUUGGAAUUUAUGGGGCAAAGAAAAAGGAUCGGAUAACAUGUCAGCAAACAGUUGAAGCUGUUGAUUGUUGGUUAUCAAUAAAGGAAUAACAUUCUUGGUUCAAACUUUAUCUUCAGUCCAAUGUAAUUAGUUCUUCCGUAACUGUUACUGAAUCUAAUUAACUCAUUUAAUUAUUCCUUUGCUACAACAGGCAUUCAUGAAAACUACAUGUUGACCAAAUCUUAUCAUGUAAAAUUCUUUUGUAAUAAAAGUUGGUCUGAAGUACA